AUGGAGGGCCCCUCCCCCCUGUCCCCCGCCCCCCCCCGUGACCCGUCUCUGGCCGCAGCAGAGGUGUCGGUGCUGGCUCUGGUGCUGGCGCUGGCUCUGGGGGGGAACGCUCUGGUGCUGGUGGCGCUGCGCGACCGGACCCGGCGGCGGGGGCACCGCGGGGGGCGUGGCCCGGGCCGCGCGCAUGCGCAGUCCCCGCUGCGCCGGCACCUGCGGCACCUGAGCGCCGCGGACCUGUGCGCCGCCGCAGGGCUCGUGCUGCCGCAGCUGCUCUGGGACGUGACCGAUCGGUUCCGGGGUCCUGACAUCCUCUGCCGGGUCACCAAGUACCUGCAGGGCGCCGCCAUGUUUGCGUCAGCCUAUGUGGCCGUGGCCAUGGCCUACGACAGGCACAGAGCCAUCUGCAGGCCCAUGGGGGGGGCGGGACAGGGGGGUACAGGGGAUGGGGGUAUCAGGGAUGGGGGUAUCAGGGAUGGGGGUACCAGGGAUGGGGGUAUCAGGGAUGGGGGUACCGGGGAUGGGGGUACCAGGGAUGGGGGUACCAGGGAUGGGGGUACCAGGAAUGGGGGUACCAGGGAUGGGGCCCAGAGGUGCUUUGGGUGCUGGGGAUGGAGGCACAGGGAUAAUGGGGACUCAAGGGAUGAGGGAUGGAGAUGGUUUGGGUGCCGGAAACAGGGACAUGGGGCCAAUGGGGACGUCAGGGAUGGGGCACAGGGAUACAGGGAUGCGGGGGGCACUGAGGGGCAGGCAUGGAGAUGGGAUGGCACCUGGGAACCUGCUGCAGGAUGGGGCCAUGAGGACAGCCCCAAUGGAUCCCCAAUGGCACUGAGACCCAGUGGGACCCCAAUGGUACCGAGCUCCAAUGGGACCCCAAUGACACUGAGACCCAGUGGGACCCCAAUGGUACCGAGCUCCAAUGGGACCCCAAUGACACUGAGACCCAGUGGGACCCCCAUGGCACCCAGCCCCAAUGGGACCCCAAUGACAUUGAGACCCAGUGGGACCCCCAUGGCACCCAGCCCCAAUGGCUCCCUGCUGUCCCCAUCACUCCCCUCUUCCCCCCAGAUGCCCACAACAUCCUUGUCAUGGGCAACUAUAGGGGGAUCUGAAGCCACUAUAGGGGGAUCUGAAGCCACUAUAGGGGGGUCUCAAGACACUAUAGGGGUGUCUGAAGCCAUUAUAGGGGUGUCCCAAGACACUAUAAGGGCAUCUCAAGCCACUAUAGGGGUGUCCCAAGACACCAUAGGGGUGUCUGAAACCAUUAUAGAGGCAUCUCAAGCCAAUACAGGGAUGUCCCAAGACACCAUAGGGAUGUCUGAAGCCAUUAUAGGAGUGUCCCAAGCCCCCAUAGGGGUGUCCCAGGCCACCACCUGCUGCCGCUCUCCCAUUGGCUGCAUCCCCUCCUGCAUCCCCCGCAGCCGCUCUCCCAUUGGCUGCAUCCCCUCCUGCAUCCCCCGCAGCCGCUCUCCCAUUGGCUGCAUCCCCUCCUGCAUCCCCCGCAGCCGCUCUCCCAUUGGCUGCAUCCCCUCCUGCAUCCCCCGCAGCCGCUCUCCCAUUGGCUGCUCCGCCCGAGCAUCCCUCGGUGCGCUCCGUGCCCGCUGGGGGCCGCUGGCCACGGCCUGGUCCCUGUCGCUGCUGUUCGGGCUGCCCCAGGUGGGCAUCUUCGGGCAGCGCGAGGUGGCCCCGGGCGAGCAGGACUGUUGGGCCUCGUUCGUGCAGCCCUGGGGGGCUCGGGCCUACGUGACGUGGGUGGCCGUGGCCGUGCUGGUGGCCCCGGCCGCGCUGCUCGGGGUGCUGCUGGUGGCCGUGGCCCGGGCGCUAGGACCCAGCGGGCAGCGGAGGGGGUUGGACCGGGCCAGGGCCAAGAGCCAGCGCAUGGCGAUGGUGGUGCUGGGAGUGUACGUGGGGUGCUGGGCGCCCUUCUUCAUGGCGCAGCUGUGGGCAGUGUGGGACCCGCGGGCACCUGUGGAGGGUCCAGCCUUCACCAUCCUGAUGCUCCUGGCCAGCCUGACCAGCUGCACCAACCCCUGGAUCUAUGCUGCCUUCAGCACCAGCCUGUCCCGCGCCAUGGGCCGCAUCCUGUGCCCCUGCCGCCAGCCCAGAGCCACGCGUGGGGCUGGGCAGGAGGACUCAUAUUGA